AAUUAUUGCAUAAAACGGAUGGCAAUAUCUCAAUCUUUCCUAUUUUGCGCAUGUCUUUGAAGCGGUUGGACUUGCUGAAGAAAAUAAUUGUAUUUUAAAUAUUUAAUUAUUUUCUGUCUUCAAUUUAACUUUUAAAUAAUAAAUUUCUAGUAAUGGGAGACGCUAAAUUACUACCUCCGCCAAUUUAUUGGGCUCAAAGGAAAAAUCUUCUAUAUGUUAAAGUUCAACUUGAAGAUUGCCGGAGUCCCACCAUAAAAAUUGAAAAAGACAAACUUUAUUUCAAAGGUAAAGGUGGCACAGAGAUGAAAGAAUAUGAAGUAUCUCUUGACUUCAUGAAAGAAAUUAAACCUGAGGACUCUAAGCAUGCUGUUAGGGAUAGGGCUAUUGAAUUUGUAUUAAUUAAGGCAGAAGAUGGUUUUUGGAAGAGACUUUUAAAAGAAGAUAAAAAGUUCCAUUGGUUAAAAGUUGAUUUUAAUAAAUGGAAAGAUGAAGAUGAUUCAGAAGAUGAACCUGAAGGAACAGACUUCGAAGAGAUGAUGCGAAAAAUGGGCGGUGGUGGAGCAAUGAAUGACGGUGAUUUUAAUUAUGAUGAUGGAUUGGCAGACAGUGACGAUGAAGGUGAGACAAUGUUAAACUAAUAAACGAACUUCCAGACCUAGAAUAGUGUAUCCUGGGGAAGAGCUUCAGUAUACAGACUGUAAUAUUACAUAUGAUUUCUCUUUCAUAAAAGUCACUUUUGAUAAUAAAAAGUUUUAAAAAAAACUGUAUUAAAAAAAAAAAGAUCUGUGGCUUAAAGAAGUAAUCACUUGUUUGUGCCAGUCAUUUUUCAACUGCUGCUACCAACUGCAUUGUGAGUGCCAAGCAUGUACACAACGCUACGCUACAUUGUGUUUAAAUUUUAUCACUAAACAUCUGUUAUUUGUUUUGAAAAAAAAAUUCUGUUUAAUACCAUUACAUGAUACACCUAAAUUUUACAAUAUGGAUGUCAAAUCUGAAGCUUUUUGUCAGAAUUAGCAUCGAACCUGGAGAAAUUUAUAUGUAUCUUUAACAAAAACGUGUUGAUUUCUUUUAAGCAGGUUUGCUAUUGUAUCUUAUUUGAAAUAAGCCUGAAAUUAAAAAUGUGUUGUUUUUAUGCUAAUUAAUGAGUAUGUUUCCAUUGUAUUCAUAAUUUCCAUCAAUCAAUAAAUGGGUGUUUUUUGUUUUUUUUUAUGGUACAUCAUUUACUAUCUUGUAAUAGGCAUCUGUAUAUUUGAUCAUUCCAUGCUUGUGUUAAAUGGAGGCUGCUUUUAAAGCUGGUUAUCCUAGUUCUCUUUUUCUGUCCUAUUACAUUCUGUAUCUGAAUUAUGUAAUGUAUACUUCACUUCGUUUAAACCUGUACCUAGUUAAUAAAUAAUUCAUACCACCACA